AUGCGAACUUCGGGAAUCAUCAUUGUCGCCGCGGCAGCCGUUGCCAACGCUCACUACGAGGAGCUCUGUGUCUACAGCUUCACUACCGUCUACACUCAUCCCGUCUACCCCAACACCAACACCACCACCGUCAAGCCUACUCAGUACACCACGAGCACCGUCUACACCACCAAGACUUACACCAUCACCAAGUGCCCUCCCACGGUCACCGACUGCCCGAUUGGUCACGUCACCACUGAGACUAUUCCUGUCUACACCACCGUCUGCCCCGUCGAGACUGGAAAGCCCGUCGAGCCCAAGCCUGUCGAGCCUAAGCCUCAUGAGCCCAAGCCCAACCCCGAGCCAAAGCCAAACCCGACUGAGCCCGGAAAGCCUCAUGAGCCUCUUCCCACCAACCCUGCCGACUGCAUCACCAAGACUCAGACCUAUGUCUACCCUCACCCAACUCAACCCGGCCAGAGCGUGACCAAGACCAUCACUUACACCAUCCCCAAGGAGCCUUCCCACAAUGCAACUGCUGUGAACCCUCCUCCUCACCACACCUACAACCCGGCUACUCCCACUGGCGGUGCUCCCGUCCACCCCAACGGAACCGCGCCCGAGUACCCCGGAUCUCAUGGUGGAAAGGGUGUCAACGGUGGCAAGUCUGGAAGCGAUGAGGGAACCGGCAGCUCCACCCCCGACAAGGAGGCCGAGCGUCUUCCAUCCGGCCCCACUUCGGAGGAGGAUCAGCCCGAGACCGUCACAUCCGGCGCCGCGAUGACCACAGUCACCGGACUCCUGGCCAUCGUCGGCUUUGCUGCUGCCUACCUCAUCUAA